AUUGAAAAAUGGGGCUUUUAUGUUUUUUACAGCUCUUGGCUGUCCACAUACUGAUUUGAAUAUUUACUGAUAAAGGCAAACACAAGCCUGUUGUGUGUCUCACCCAUGACAUUACAGCCCAUAUUAAAAUUUGAAGGCAGACACGGAACAUACAGACAGAUCAUAUUUUAGUCUGGCAAUGACUUCAACAGAGAAUGAGGAGCAAGACAUAUGGUACGAGUUGGAAAAUGUAUCACUGAAGAUGCAGCAGCUUGUGGAACAUAAAAAGGUGUUGUGUAUCAUGAGAGAGCUUAAAAACAGAGUCGGGUGUGAACCGACAGAUAAAAUAGACGAUGUAAAUGAGGAAGAAUUAAACAACAUUGAGGAGAAACUAAACCAGUUGGAGGCGAUAAGAGUUGAACUUCAAAAGAGACAUGACAAACAAAUCCAAAAACCCAAAAAAGUAAGCUUCAGUGAAGAAUGCAAUGUGUUGCCAGAUUCAAGUGAUGAAAGCUCAACACCACAGAUAUUCUUUGUGGAACCCCCACCUAAUUUUCCAGCUCCUACAGUUUUAUUAGAUUACAACAGUUUUCAAUUUAAGCCAACCAAAACUCAGUGCCCAGAGUGCUCACAGUUUAUUACCACAAAGACAACCACGACUGUGAGCAGCAUUACUUGGUUAGCCUGCAUGAUGACAGCCAUGAUGGGGUGUGUUGCUGGUUGUUGUUUACUUCCCUUUUGUUUGAACAGCUUCAAAAAGACGAUACACAAAUGUCCCAUGUGUAACACGUCGAUCUCCACUGUGAAGAAACUUUAAAGGCAGAAAUGGGGUGUGCGGAUGCCAAACCUUAAUCAAUGAACAAGUAUUUUUCAUUUAGCUUUUUGUAAUUAUUUUUUACUAUAUCACUGCUUAAAAAUAUGUUAUGUAAAUACAAAAUAUUACAUUUUAAGUGUUGUGUGUAACAAAUUACAGUAGAGACAUCUGGA